AUGGCGCAGGUGCGACCUCCAGCGCCAGGGCGCAGUACAUCAGCCCACGGGUUUGAAAGCAAGCUCAGUCAACAAUUAUCUCAACCCCAUGAAACUGAUCUAGAACACCAACUUGAACCGUCGCGUUCUCCCAAGUCGCGUUCAUUAUCCGAUGCUUCCAGACCUACAUCCUCCACUCAACCAUCCACUGGUGAUCUCAGUCGGGCAUCAAGCAAAGACGACAAUGCGAUACCCGUUCUCCCCGCAACACCUCGAAGAUCAAAUGCAUCUUAUUCAAACCUCUCGCUAAACUUGCCUUCCAAACCCGCCGUGUCAUCACUUACGAACUGCGCCCCUCUCUCUCCUAAACUUGACCCAUCACAUAUCUACGGAUCUCCGGGAUCUGUUCUCCCUCGACGAUCUCGGGGCCUCGACUUCUCACGCGCAUGUACGAAUCUCCACCAUUCCACCCUAGCCGAGUCGUCCCCAGAUUCAUCUCCCACCGUUGGAGGGCGGGGCAUGGCAAUACCCCAGCGACGCGGAUCGCUUGGAGCGACAUCCGGUCCGCCUUUUUCAACAUCAGGUCCGGCGGACCGUGCAACAAUCUCAAGCUCCAUGUCGAGUGUGAAUAUGAUAGAGUCGGACACAAGUAGUAGCGAGGAAGAGGAUGAGUCCAUGGCUGAUCGCGACGAUGUUAUGAUCAAUACGCCGCAGGCGACUCGCAUAAGUGCGCCGAGUCCGUUUGCCAGCAAUAUGCAGAGCCCUGGCAACGACUGGAUGGGAGGGUACUCACAAGCUGCCGCCAGCUUGAUGAGUUUCCAACGCGCGCGCUUUCGCAAAGGCCGUAGUCGCCACAGCUCUAGCAGUGCGAGUGGAAACAGUACGAAACCUAGUCCUACCCCUCACUCUCCGCCCAUCAUGAAGAGUGUCGAGCACUCUAGUGGUUAUUUUGCUCCACGGCAGACUGCGCAUUCACGCAGAGAGAGUCUCAGCUUUGGCACACGCGACCUACGUUUGUCCGAUAUGAGCGACGAUAGUGAGAGUCGCACGACGCGAAGCGGAAGCCCAAUUCCCACUCCACGUCCGGAAGGUGGAGGUCCACUGGGGGUAAUCCGUCGUGCGGUGACCCGACGUGGGAGCUUACUUCCCAAAACCAAGACCUUUGCGCGCAUUCGUGCUGCUCUGAUGGAGGAGGGUGCUCCAGUUGAUAGCGAUAUGAAACGAGAAGCAGAAGUGGUCCGGCAAGUCCGCGACACCGAACCUGAGCCCACCCCUGCACUCGGCGAAUUCCCAUCAUUGCGGCCCUCGACCUCAUUGGAUUCGACGGCAACAGAAGAUCCGGCGGUCAGAGUGGGAAUGGACACAGGAUCUACGGAUACUUUUGGCAAGCAAGCCAGUCGCAACUCGGGUGGCCUCGAGUUUUGGAACUCGUUUGAUGGACGAUACCGAACCCCACCCCCGGUUCGUCAGGGAGGUCCCUCGUCUGUGGCAGAUGAAGAUAUGUUUAUGGAUAUGACUCCGUCUACGACCAUGGGCUCUGUCACCGCGGAAUCUUUCAAGCAGCGUUCCCGCUCUUCCACGCCCCAUGCUCCGGGUAUGCCAAGUAUUGGAGAGAUAUGUCGCAAGCGGCGUCGUGACGAUGACUUCGAUCCUAAUCUUUUCAAGCGCCGGGCUGUUUCACCCAGCGUGAGUGCUCAGAGUAGUCCGGUGAUGACCCACUCCCAUAAUAUCAGUGACACGGGCCCAAACAUCUGGGGUCCGCCGCCAAAGCCGGGCCUCGGGCCACCGUUCUCUGAACGACUCAGUUCUGAUGUGGGCAAUCGACCGAUUGCUCAUGCUGGAGGUGCGAAACGCGUCGGCCUGCAAGGGAUGACCGAAGCCAGCGAUGGCUUUAUGAAUAUGAGCAUUGAUUGA